CACUCCAAACUUCAAAUCGCCGCACCAAAACCCUUGGCCAAACCCUAAAACACCUAUCCUCCAUAUUACUUAGAUCCUUCCUUCUCCGCAGCCCCUAGGGUUUCCAAGAACCACAGCACCGAAACACACUCAAAGGCUACCAACCAUGGCGGCAACGGUGGAUUCCGUACAGUGUUUCGGCCGCAAGAAGACCGCUGUGGCCGUGACAUACUGCAAGCGUGGGCGUGGACUGAUCAAGAUCAACGGGUGCCCGAUCGAGCUUGUGGAGCCGGAGAUCCUCCGGUUCAAGGCCUACGAGCCCAUCCUCCUCCUCGGAAGACACCGUUUCUCAGAUGUCGACAUGCGCAUCCGCGUGAAGGGCGGGGGCCACACCUCCCAGAUCUACGCCAUCCGCCAGAGCAUCGCCAAGGCCCUCGUCGCCUUCUACCAGAAAUACGUCGACGAGCAGAGCAAGAAGGAGAUCAAGGACAUACUCGUCCGCUACGACCGAACCCUGCUUGUCGCUGACCCCAGGCGGUGCGAGCCCAAGAAGUUUGGUGGUCGCGGUGCCAGGGCUAGGUUCCAGAAGUCCUACCGUUGAGAAGGUCCUACUCGGGACUAAGUUUCACGUGCUUCGCUUUUAUACAACUAUCUAUGCCGUCUUGUUUCUUUUCGAUCUUUGUUCUAUGAGGGAGAUUAUGAUUGGUUUAAAAUUUUGGCAUGAAUUUUGGAUUCGGUAUUAUUAAGUACUUGGCACACUUUGUUUCGGAUAUUGUCAAAAAGUUUUUGAAUUAGGUGUUUUGGUAAA